AUGGCUGAGUUUAAUAAAGCUAUGAGCGAGGUUGUUCAGUCGCUCGCUGAAGCACGAGCUGCUACUAGUACAAGCAAAGCAGCUAUGACAGAAAUUGUUGCUAUUCAUAAAGAAAUUGAUGAGAAGAAGCCGCCCAAGUAUGAUGGAAAGGGUGAUCUAGUGAAGAUUGAGAAUUGGAUCAGGGAGUUUGACAAGAUCUUUGUCACCCUCCAGGUCCCUGAAGAAAUGAGAGUUGACUCUGCGGCUUACCAUCUCAUUGAAGAUGCUGAUAUUUGGUGGAAAAACUACAAAGAUAAUUUGACCACCAAAGUCACAUAUGAUGAGGAUGGUUAUGAGGAGGUGCAGACAACAGAAUUUGGUUGGAAGGAGUUCAAGAAGGCACUACGUGCCGAGUUCUUCCCGCCUCAUAUGAAGAAAACGAAGAGAAUAGAUUUGAGAAGUUUGAGCAAGGAGAUAUGUCGGUUCAAGACUUUUACACUAAAUACUUAG